UUAAUCACAGGAAGGCAUAAUGAAAACGCUGAACAUAUGUGACCAUUGACAGAUCUAAUUUCUAUUUACAUACUAGAAGCAUAUUACUACUUGUGUGUAUUAAUUUACGUGUGUAGUUUGUUCCAAUCUUUGCCGAUUCCAUUCAAGAUUCGGAAAACUGCUUGAAGUAAUAUUAAGAUGAGCGACAAAGAGCCGAUAACAUCGCAGCCCAGCAAGAAUAAAGCUGACUACGAGAAGCUUGAAUCUGGACAAGGAUCUGUAGUAGCCUCGCCUUCAAGUCAAUCUUACUCAAAGUUUGGAAUGGACACUAUUUUAGUGACUACUUCCAUUGAUGGUAACAGAGACUGGACAUCCAGCCUUUUCGACUGUAUGCAGGACAAAUUGAACUGCUUAUUUGUAGUCUUCUGUUCUCCAUGUGUAACAUGUCAACUUGGUACUAGAAUUGGUGAAUGCUUGUUUAUGCCAUUAUUUGUACCGGGAGCCAUCUUAACAAUGAGAACUAGAUUAAGGACCCUUGGUGGAAUUCAGGGUUCAAUUUGCAACGACUGCCUAAUGUCUUCUUUGUGUGGUCCGUGUGCUUUAUGCCAAAUGAAGAGAGAAAUGGACGUCAUGGGACUCGGAACUGAAUAGUAUUCGACUGUUCGCUUUAUCUCAACUAUAAUGUGACAUUCCCUUUUGUAGAUGACAUUAUCUUAGUUGCAUGUACCUGAAGAUGCGUAUUCACUAUUUGCUUACAUACACGGCAACAAGCUACGACCUAAGUAACUUUAAUACAACGUCACACUGGUCAGUUCAGUUAUAUAGGAAAAGUUGAUUUCAUAUAAAGUACAGGAGAUGGGAAAAACUAUUUGCUUAGUUUAUUCCGUUUACAUUUUUCCAUUGUUAUCGAAAUCACAUAUACUUAAUUUGUACUUACAAUAGAAUAAUUUACCAGUGUAACUAACAUAAUCAGUAUACUAAGCAAAUGAUCACCAUUUGUGGUUAUUAAUAUAUAUAUAUAUAUCCCAAAUGUAUUGUAAUUCAACAAUACGGAUAUAAAUAUAGGGAAAAGAAGAAAAUGAAGGAGAUCCACUAAUAUUACAUAUGCGGUUUAAUCAAACCGAGCCUGCAACAUUUUCAUUUUUGUCGUGUUGAGCGACCUGUGAAGUUUCCACUUUUUUCUAUUUUAUUUAGAUUCUAUCCAACAAUAAUCUAUAUAUACAUAAUCACGCAUACUAUUUCUACUUUUAUUGGAUUUACAGAUGUAUUGUAUUACAUUCAUUAUUGAUCGUGAUGCUUAUUGAGACGAAAUUAUAAUAGGUUAAUUCCAAUACAGGCUAAAUCAUACACACAUUAAGUCAUAAGUCAUAGGCUAAAUCAUAUACACAAUAAGUCUUAGGCUAAAUCAUAUACACAAUAAGUCUUGGAAUCUAUAAACGUCUGAACAUGUGGGGUUUCUUCACUAAUUAUGUUCUAUAAGAAAGCCGGAGAAGUGGGAAUUGUAAUCGUAUGCGUUUCCAUCAUUUUGUCCAUGUACUGUACUAUUCCUUAGGCACGAAAUCCAUAUACUGUCACCAGCAUCUAAGUGUAUCAUACUGGAUGUACUUCUAUGCUCCCAGUGAGACCCGCCUUCCAGAAACAAGUAACCAUAUCCUCUGCCAGCCACAUUUUUCACAAUUUGCACAGUAAAGUCAUGGUGCGGCGAAGCACAAAGUGUGACACCGAUUUGAUACGUUCCACUUCUUGGUGCAGUAAAUCUCCCGUUUGUCUUGUUGUAGGCAGAACCAUGAUUAAUUUUGAUGCUGUCAAAAACAAUUGUUUUUCCAGGUAAACAUCCAGUCACGGAAUGAGAUAAUGUUACCAGAAAUGACACACCUGUAAAUACAUUUUGAGCAAUGCAAUCAACCAAAUCUUUUCACACAACGAAUAACGUUACUACUAAGCCUAAACACAAGUACAUAUUUGAAAAUAUUAACACAAAAAUAAAUAUUCCUUUGCUCCUCUCUAAAUAGCAUAUGUUAUAAAAUUCUAUUUCAUUAGUACAAGUAAUAGAAAGAGCAUUAAAACUCGAGGGUAAACGAUUUGUACGAGGGGGCGUAGCCUCCGAGCAUAAAUCGUUUACCCGAGAGUUUUAAUGUUCUUUCUGUUUUGUAUCAUAGCCAUCCAUAUAUGGUAGUUGUAGGCGUUCCACAGUGCCAUAAACAGCAGUUCAGUGAGUACUUAAAAUCCUUGCUUUACAAAUGUGUAAAGCCCAGGUAAAAUAAACCAAUGCAAGAGUAGAAAAUCAAUAAAAUACACUUCGCUGUCUACUGUUCCAGACACGCUAGCAUACUUUCCUAUCCAACAGUGCGGUAACUAGCGUGCGGGUAUUAAAUACCUUCACACUUUUCGUUACCGCACCCGGUAUUCAGAGUACACGAAUUACCUGCACCAAAUUUGUUAAGAAAAAACACCGAGCUAUGAUACAACUUUUAGUUAAGCAAAUGAAAAUGUACUUAAAUACGUCCAAUAUAGAGAUAAUAAAGAAUUUAUUCCUGAAAAUGUUAUCAAUGUCUCUUAUUGCAAGGAUAUUGACGGAACCGAUUGAUUCUCGCCGACAUUUUUUUUGUUUAUUACGACUACUUUUUAAAAUAUAAUAUAUAAGACACAAGACUGCAAUAACUUGAUUUACAGUCUUGUGCACUUCCUGACAAGUAAACUAGUUGCAAAGUCAUUAUCUGGCUUGAGCAAAACAAAAUGUUAUAAUAAAAGUUGUUAUCAUUUGAAAUGAUAUGUCUGGGGGUUAUGCUCCUGAAAAGUUAAGAGUAGGUAAAUAAAGGGAAACAAAAAUUGGAUAUAUCUUAAAAAUAUUCAAUACCUGUGUUUCAAGCACAAAUCUUUUGUAUGCUCGCUCAUCUAUCUUUACACGUGAAAUAGUACUGGUCAUAAUUGUUUAGAAAUUAGUAUCAUCAACUGUGUACAUUUAACGUACUAUAUUGCUUUGUUUUCAAAUUUUUAUCUCUUUUCUUUCCUGAAAUACAGUCUUAGCUUUAAAUCUUAUUACCUCCCUUUAAUUUCAAUACCUGUGUUUCAAGCACAAAUCUUUUGUAUGCUUGCUCAUCUAUCUUUACACGUGAAAUAGUACUGGUCAUAAUUGUUUAGAAAUUAGUAUCAUCAACUGUGUACAUUUAACGUACUACAUUGCUUUGUUUUUAAAUUUUUAUCUCUUUUCUUUCCUGAAAUACAGUCUUAGCUUUAAAUUUUAUUACCUCCCUUUAAUUUUUGAUGCUAUUUCUAUAAUUGGCUAUAUACCACUUUUGUCAUAAAGAACGUGAGGGUAAUUUGAGCAAUUCUUUCUCUUUACUGUAUCCAUAAUUGAUUUUUAAGCUAUUAUUACUUUUUAAGUAAUCAUUUUGAUAUUAUUUCUUAUGGUACAAAUAUAUGUGUUUCAAGUUUUGUGUGCAUACAUACACAGGGUAUUCUUGAGUGGAUAAUACAUUUUUCUUGAAGUUUGCCGCAACGUCUGUUUACGACGUUUCCCGUAAUUUUUGUUAUGACGUGACGUCAUUGUACAUUAUUUCAAAAUGUAAACUGCCUGAAGAUAUGUGUAUUGAAAGCGCUUGCAGUGAAGAAUUAAAAUAAUUGUAAAACACAGAA